GCUAGGCAGUGCCCAUACGAGUAAGCAACGAGCAGGGAGGAAAAAAGGAAGAGUCAGAGAGACCUAUCAGCAGCGAAGCCGAGAGCAAAACUUCACAGGGGGCGCGCGGCGCAGGGCACACGCGCUUCUCGUUCUUCCUGGCGAGCGAGGACGAGCCUCGAGAAGUCUCCGAGGGGCCGGUGGGGCCGGGCACGUACGGGCGCCGGAGCAGGCAUGAUGGGGAGGGACGAGCUGCUGCGGCGGAGCCUCGUGGCGCUGGCGGCGGCCGUGGUGGUCACCGGGGUGGCCACGGCGUCGGUGCGGAAGGCCGUGGCCACGUACGUCUUCGGCAUCCUGGCCAUCGCCGGCGUGCUCCUCCCGGACUGGGAGUUCUUCGACCGCGACUUCUCCCAGUGGCUCACCCCCAUGCCCGCCUCCCGCCGCACGGCCGCCGCCGCCGCCGCGGAGCGCGAGCACGACAUCUGGAGAUUCAAGCCCUACCCACUUAGGAUGGCCGUGCUGACGACGAUCUACGGGUUUGGGCUAUACAAGUGGUGGAUGUAUGUAUCUCACUAGCUUGACAGUCUACCUCCUCCCCUGUCUCUGCUCUCUUGGAACGAAAGAUUUUGGGAGAAACACCAUCACACCUAUUCUUUGCGUUGUGAUCAGCCACAUAUAUUGUGGUGAAUUUGUACACUGCCAGCACGGAAACGUCCAGUGGGGGAAAGGAACACCAAGUUCGCCAUGUCUGUAGCUAAUGGGUUUUGUAAUGUGCAAAUGCCACUUUUAGAUCAAAAGGAGUAUUACUUUGUUUA